AACUUACGGGGGGAAUCUCAAGGAUUUCCCUGUAGCUCUUAACAGAUCCCCGUGUCCUGACGAGCGCCAACACUCUUGAGUGAGUGCCGGGCCGAGAAGCACCGCCUUUCCCAUCGCAUCGCACGCAGAUGUCGAUGCCCAUGCUCGCGACCUAGCCAAUCCUAUACAACUUUUCACAUGCUUCCGUCUCGUAGCACCUAUAUAUGCCGCCUUCGCGCACAUGCGGCUUGGCUUAGAAUCCCCUCCGACAGAUCUCCGCUUCGGUCUUUGCAUCUCGAUACGAGGCAACCAGAGCCCCAGUGCGACGUAGGGACAAUCCCACCGUACUCACAUGCGUCGAGCGGAAGUGUCUUAGUGCCAUGUAGGAGACCGACCGCCAGGGAAACCCAACGUUGGACAGGCGGCGGUUGGCCGACCGGCCAAUCAGUCGUUGCCGUCUCCAUCGGCGUCAUCACAACCCCCUCUGUCAGGAACAUCGGAGCGCGGCCGAUUCUUCGGCGCAUAUGUACACACAUGAACUGUUGGUUCCUGCGUCUGAGACAUGGCCUCGCGUUGAGAAAAAAAAUUUUUUUUUUUUUCCUCUACCCAGAUGUGAACGAUCACACAGAAUCGUCACUUAUCGCAUUCCCGAAAUAAUGUUCUACGUCCGUCACCCGCAUAUAGAAACCAACUCGUGAUCGCGUAAAAUUUCCCAGGGCUAACACGCUAUUCCCGGACAGCGUGCGGGAAGGCGGUGAAUAGGACGGCUUCGCCGAGGCGAACCGGGGGAUCGGAGCGCGGGUGAAGGUGAGGAGGGGAGAGGGAGGGGGAGGUGAGAGCACCGCCGUAUUGGCUCGUACAGACGAUACCCUUCCCUUAUCGUUCCAGCGAGGUUC